AGAGUCGGGACGGAAGCGACGAGAAGAAGGCAGAACUGUUGGUAAAUAAUGUGAACUGAUACGACAUCGUGACCUACAUCACGUGCUACAACUUCCGUUCAGCAUCAGUCCACGUGUUGUGAGCACAGACAGGUGAAGUAGGAAGCACAGGGACAGGCGCCCAACCACACAUCAUCUCCGAAUUCGUUGCUGACGGUUUGAAAAAUCCCUCAACCGAUAACAACACAUGGGACAGACGUCAGCAUAGCCAUACAACAACCAGUCAACACAGCCACACAACAACCAGUCAACACAACAACCAGUCAACAACCAGUCAGCACAGCCAAUCACAGAUGGAUCGUCAGGGAUUACCAGGAAUUGAAGAUCUUUUUCGCGAGCAAGAGAGGCUGGCCAAGAAACUCAGUCAGGAGGAACUCAACGUUUUGCGCCGGUACGUGCGUCGAGCGGUGCACGCCGAGUGCGAGUCCGUGGUGGCGCGCAUGCGCUUUCUGCAGGCUGCGCACGACGUCAACGAGCGGCACUUCCGGCAGGCGCUGGACAUGCUGCAGAAGGACCUGACGCGCGAGAAGACCGUGGCCAGCGAGUUCAAACGAGAGUUCGCCAGCUUGUCGCGCGUGCUGCAGGCGAGGGAGCAGCGUCACAAGGACCAGCAGGACAUCAUGGCGGCUGAAGUGCGACACAGCAGGACAGUCGCGGAGGAGGCGAGAAAGAAGACUGAAGAGCUGGAGGCCCUUGUGCAGCUAAAGGAGAAGGAGUUGCUACGCAACAAAGACAUGGUUGUUGACCUGGAGGAUGAGCUAGUCAAGCACAAGAACUGCCUGCAGAUCAAGGACGAGGCUGAACGGCUGAGGAGGGACGUCCUCCGACUGAAGGUGGACAACGAGGCGCUGCGCAAACGUCUGUCUGCCGAUACCCCACGUCUGGGCGGCGGGGAAUGCUGGACCGAUUGAAGACCUCCAACGGAUGUCGAGUGGCAGAGAGAGGACCAAAGUGGGCCUGGGUGGGCCGGAACUGAAAAGCAGAAAUCAGGUGACUGCAGAGCCUGUGGGUCCCUACUGCUCGUCGCCCACAUGCAGAGCGCUAAGGGACUUGGAGGAGUGCCGCGCCCUCUACGUCAGGAAGUGCCAGGAGGUGGUCCACCUCACCGAGGUCAUCGCGCAGCGCCAGCAAACGUCACGCAAACCAAUUCGCUCGUCGCUAAGCAACCCUGGAGGCCUCGGAUACGCAUCUGUGACAGCGCGGAAUGUCCAGCGAAGGCAGAAGCAACUCAGGCGAUGUGUUGUCAACACCAAGUCCCUAGCAAACUCUGGGGCACUCCCGGGUAGCGGUGGUCAAACAGCAACACACAAGUAAACUGUUCUACUCGCAGUGAACUCUGGUCCAGCCACCAACCCAUGGAAGCCAGCUUCAUCGCGGUUGUCCUCUGCGUGAUGUAACAAGGGAAGGUGAACUAAAACUUGUGCAAGUAUCUCAUCGUAUGACAACACAUUAUUUCUGUAGUUUCUAUUUCUUUGUCACAGUGGACCAUGCACUCGUUAUCCCCAUGUAACUCUAUCAUCCGUGUAGCUUUGGCAAUAAAAGACAUUCAGUUAGUGCAAAGUCUACCUGUUAUCUGAAUGGUCUCGUAAUUUUUAAAAAAAACUGCACCUAUCCCCAAAUCCUUAGUGUACUGUCUGGAUUUGAUUAGCUCCCCUUUAGAUGUUCCUUUUGUCUUAACCCAGUAGUGCAUCAAAUACAGUAAUCAAAGACUUGUUUCCCAUGGUUACCACAGAUCCUCUUGAUUAUAUUUGUAUUUAUCUUUCACUCACUUUUAAUGA